UAAUCAAAUCAUCUCGUAUAAUCGCGUGCACGCCCACAUGUCAUCUUUUCCGUUCAAUAUUCAAAUUUUCCGUCCGAGCGUAUUAGCCACCCUAUAAUCGUGGUGUUUUCCUCAAAGCGGUGCAGCCACUGGCCGAUACCUUAAUAAUUUAAUCCAAUUUCCUCCGGUAUAAAGCCACCAUCAGGCACAUUGCAUCAGCAAGUCGGUAAAAAGCUUCCAAUUAGUCCGAAUUUGUGAUUUCGCGUAAAGUGAAUUAACGAGGGGUCAAAUGGUGCUUCACCUCCGACUUAAUAACAAGCACUCGCUCGGAUCUUUAUUAGGUUGUUGUUCUAAACCAUGAAGUGCAGCUAAAUGCCAGCCAUGUGAUGCUUCCCUUUUCAGGUCACCAGAAGAACCUACAGCAUGAAGUCCACGAGGUGUCUGCCAAAGUGUGUGUGCGCGUUUGUGGUGUCGGUGGUUUUUAUUGUCGGCGGUUUUGUGCUUCCGUUUAUCUGGCCAGUGAUUUUGAAAUAUUUAAUCGAGAGUAACAUGGUGUUAAUGCCGACUUCGCACGCUUUUGAUAUCUGGAGGAAGUUUCCGACGGCGUUCCCCAUCGAUUUCUACUUCUUCAACUGGACGAAUCCAGAGGACGUGUACAACAGUUCGGUGAAAAUGAAAUUUCGGGAAAUGGGGCCUUAUCGGUACUCGGAGACGAAAGAAAAGGCCGAUAUCGUUUGGAAUAAAAACGGGACGGUUUCGUUCAGACACUUGAAGUUUUGGUACGAAAAUCGGGAGAAAGGAAAUAUCAACGACGAAAUCACCACUGUAAAUCCAGUCGCUUUAUCAGCUGCCUACUCCGCGCGCACGUGGGGUUACUUAAUCCGCCAAGGCCUCUCCUUAUCCCUGUCCAGCAUGUCCCCAACUGUCCACAUCACUAGGUCCGUGUCAGAGAUGCUUUUCACCGGCUACAAGGACCCUCUGAUCACCCUUGCCCGCUCCUUGCCCUUUCUAUCGGGCUCUUUGCCACCUUGGGACAAAUUCGGUUGGUUCUACACCCGGAACGGAUCAGCGCAUUACGAAGGCAUUUUUAACAUGGGAACUGGAAUAAACUCCACUUUUGGUAGACUGUACAGUUGGAAUUAUUGGACACAAACGCCUUAUUACGAGGGCUCUUGUGCCAUGGUUAAUGGUUCAGCGGGGGAAUUUUUCACCAAGCUUGAUAAUAAAUCGAUUAGUUUUUUCUCGCCGGAUUUGUGCCGGACCAUGACGCUCAGGUACUCCGGGCAGAGCGUCGUGAAUAAUAUACUAGGGAACAAGUACGUCGUCGACAGUUACAUGCUCGAUAAUGGCACGAUUUUCCCGGAAAACCGCUGUUUCUGCAACGGCGAAUGCGUGCCUUCGGGCCUAGUCAACGUUUCGAGCUGUCGUUUCGGCUCACCAUCAUUCGCCUCACUGCCGCAUUUCUACCAAGCAGAUGCCUACUAUACCGACUCAAUCGAAGGCGUUCGCCCGGAAAAAUCCAAGCACGAGUUUUUCCUCACCCUGGAGCCAACCACCGGAAUUCCGUUGGAAGUCAGCGCCCGGCUCCAAAUUAAUCUACUAAUGCAGCCCGAUUCCGGGAUAUCGUUGUACAAAGGCGUCCCUAAAGUUUUUGUGCCCAUUCUAUGGUUCGAGCAGAAAAUUCGGAUUCCGGACGGUGAAGCUUUCAAGUUGAGAUUACUCCUCAAUCUUCCGGUGAUCUGCACCGCUUUCGGGAUUAUCCUCGUGUUUGCUGGCGUGAUUGUUGUGUCGUUACUUGUUUAUAAAAUAUGCACGAUGAAUUUGUGCGGCAAGAGAAAAGAGAAGUUGUUGUACGCCGACCAAAGUAUUCCACUCAAAAUGGACCGGUCGCUCGAAAUUGUUAAAAAGAUUUGAAUUGUUGUAACCGAAUUGUUAUUUAUAAUAGAUAAUUAUUAUUGUAAUUUGUUAUGUUAAUAAAAAUUUGUUUCUA